AUGGAGAAUGAGGACAAAGACAACUUGAUAAAGAGGAGCAGAGCUGGAGGAUACCCUACAAGGCUACAGAAGCAUGCCCCUACCUGUCUCGACAUUGAUAAGGUCCUCAAUGCGCUCCCCUCUAACCCUUUUGGUGAGGCUUCAAAGGCAAUUCCAUUAUUGUCCCCUCUCAUCCUAUCCCCACAGCCAUUGGAUGCAGAUAUUACUAUUCAAGCUCAAAUAUCAGAGAAUGAUAGCAAUCGUACCAGUAUCAAUCACGGUAGGGGUUCAUCCCCCACGCCAAGCCCUGGAUGGGUGCAUCCAGCUGUGCCUCCAUUUCCAGAACCAUCAUCUUUGUGUAGUUUCUUCCAAAAGCAAUGCGUGUGUGUGAACCACGCCCAGUGA